CCCUUACUCAAUGCUCGUCGUUUAACCGCUUCCUGCAUACCCAAAUCCCUAUAAACGACGCCGUCAGCUCCGCCGCGGGCUUCACCGCAACCCUAGUCAGCAUAAGUUUGUGGCUUUCGGCGUCGGAAGAUGACUAAGUUGACAAUUUAGAUUAAUUAUGAUGGGAAGUGGGUUAAUUCUUUAUAUAAGGGUGGUAAAAUGAAGGCAUUAGUUGCUGAAAAAGUUACUUAUGAGGAUGUUCAGGAUAGACUGCAUGAUAUUGUCAGAGUAGAUCCAAAUGAGUAAUGGAGUUGUAAUAAAGGCUGUAUACUGUGGAAAACUCUUACCUAUCCCGUGGAGGUAGUAGAUAAUCGUGAUGUGACUGCUUUGAUUUAUGAGAGUCUUGCACGAGACUGGAAAAUUCCAUUGUGCAUUACUGUUGAACGUAGGGUAUUAGUUUCGGGAAGUGGGAGUAUUGAACGUGUUCCAAUCUGCCUUGCAACUCAAACUACCAAAUCUCAUUCAUGAGGUCCGCACACUGAACUGAAGAACAAAAUUCCAUUGCAAUCAAUGCAGAUCCAGUGCCAGUGGACUUCACUUCAGAGACUCAAGCAAAUUCGGAUUGUGGUGAUGGAUUGAUCCCUGAUGAUUUCGAAAAUGAUAAGCCGCAUGAUAAUAUAGAAGUUUAUGUGGAACAUAACAACCUGCGACAUGAUGAUGUGCCUCAUGACAACCUGCAAUUUGAUGAGAUGCCUCGUGCCAGCUUGCAAUUUGAUAAUGUGCUUCAUGACAGCUUGCAAUUUGAUGUGCCUUGUGACAACAUGCAACUUGAUGAUGUGUCUCUCAAUCCUCCUAAUUCUCCACCUUGUGCUCGAUAUUCACUUAAACUCACAGAAAAAGGGUUAAUGCGAUACUGAACGCGGAGGGAGAUAUUCAGAAGAAGUUAGGCCUUGCUGCAUUGGAAAAAAAAUUGAGUUCAAAGUGAAGAGGUCCACAAAAGAACUAUUUGUAGUUGAAUGUGUGAAUGACAACUCUAUGCAUACAAGUCUCCAGACUCUGAGAAUUUUAUGAUAACAAGAUAUCAUAGCCGCCAUUCUUGUUCAUUAGAUGCUAUUCAUCACAGUCUUCAACAAGUGAGCUGGUGGCUUAUUGGUCAGUAUUAAAGUCGAAGUACAAGGGUGUUCCGUGUCAAUACAAACCAAAAGAUAUCGUUGAGGAUUUGCAGAAAGAUCUUGGGGGUGAAUAUAAGUUAUAGGAAAGCUUGGAUGGCUAGCCAAUGUGCAUUAGAAGAUAUCAGGGGAUCACCAAAAGAAUUUUCCUGUACACGGAGGUCAUGCGAAGGGCACAAGAAGGAAAGAAUUAAAUCUCUUGGAGAAGAGCAGUCUACGCAGAAGUGUGGGAAAUGUGGUGCAACUGGUCAUUACUGUAAAACCUACAAGAACCGUAUUACUCUUCAUAGCAAUUCCGAAAGUGAGUGUGCUACCUAGAACUGAAACAUGAAUUAGCCUAAAGUUACUUCAGUAAUUUAUUAUCUAAAGAAAAUGCAUUGUAAUCUUUUCUAAUGUUGUAAUCAUCUCAUGCUUACUUUACUGACAUUAAGGUUUGAAACCAGCUCGAAAUAUCUUCAAGCAAUGCACUUGAAACAAAGAAUGCAAACAUGGUUUUGAGUACUUUAAUCAAAGCUCGUUUGAGCCAGCUUGAAAAUGUUUCAAGUAUAGAACCCAAAACCAUUGUAACAUUUGAAAUGGUUUUGAAAAGGCUACUUGAAACAAUUUGAAUCCAACCUAAAAAUGGUUUCAAGUGAUAGGUAGGCUUACCCUCAAAAGAUGUUACCAUGUGCCACGUGAUAAAGAUGUUAUUUUGCCUUCCUGCUCCAGCAGCGAAGAAUGGCAGUGUGCGAAGGUAAGUCUUGUCUCUCUAUUCUAUUUUUGUGUUUGUAUGUUUUUUGUUUUUUUCAAGAGUAUUUUGGUCACUUAAAGUCAACCCGGCUUUCCAAAAAAUAAAAAAAUAAAAAAAUGGAAAGAAAGAAGGAAACUGUAGGUAGAUAUAUUAGAAAAGCCAGAUCUAAAAUCUCCUUAAAUUAGGAGAAAAUGAAUAUUCCAUAUUUGAGGAUUUUUAUAAUUGCUUAGACUUACUUAGGAUGUUAGCAGUUUGAUUAUGAGUUGUGUCAAUUUUGUUCUUAUAGGUUUAAUUUGAGUGUUUAGUUAUUAAACGUCUUUCAUAUUGGGUAACAAGUUUUAAUUUAGAAAGUUUCUAUUGUCUGCUGGUUUGUUAACAAUUACAAAGUUUGAUGAAUGACAAUUCUCUAUUGUCUUCUGUGAGAUCAUGAUCUUCAAACUUAUAUAUGUUUGCAGAACCUGCAUAUUAUAUAUAUAUAUAUAUGUAUGUAAAUGCAGAUAAGCAUAAAAAAGACGUGCAUGAAUGCAUGCACAGACAUCCUAAUAAAGUUCCCCAAUUGAGAGUUUCAAAGUGGACUACGACCCAAAAUAUCAAACCAAGUAAGGCUACGUUUUACUCAUACUUAUAUGGUUAUAAUACCCUUAUCAUACCAUUGGCCUAAUGACAUAGUACAUUGUAAUCUAACCUUGUCUGAAAUUAUAAUAAAUGUAAUGACAAAAGGAGAUUUGAGCAAAAAAAGAAAUAAGCCAAGAGUCGAUUAUGCACUCUAUGAUGUUAAGGCCAAUUCAGCUCUAAUGAUGCUUUUACACUGCAGCAUCCUGUUGUACGUGAGCUUCUAAAUGACUUAAGAUAUAUGUGCACACACAGUACUUAUGUAUAUAUCUACAUACACCAAAAUAGGCCGUACCUGGUGUUGUUUCUGGCAAAGAAAGGUCCUAGGAACAGAGAUUGGAGGUCCUAAACUUAUUAUGUGUGAACCAAGGUACACAUGAUACAAGACAGCUGAAGUGGACUCAAACAUAUUCCUUUGGAAAAUGUUAUUUAAACACAAAUUUACUACAGCGGACUAAGACAAGGUGAUUAUGAGCUGUCAGAUAUAGCCAAGCAAAUACUAUCAAAAUUGAUGACUUAAUCAACUUCUGCUCUUAAAGGGUACUUGACUGCUAUUGAUCUCUGCAUUUCUGGUCUCACAUUAUUAAACCUUGUCAGAGGCAUUUGAGUGACCACUCCCCUGUGUUUCUAUUCACUAUACAUCCACAUUCAAAACUGGAAUGAGGUACUAUCUGAAAUCCUUGGGAAUUGCAGGCUAUUAAAGAAAGAACUAUGCCUGCAUUUUACAAGUAUUGAAUAUGACACUGAGGCACCUGUUUUCAUUCUACGUUUCUUUGCGACUUGCAAUUUCCAAUAUUAUCGUCUAACAGAUGCAAAAGGUGUUAGUGACAGGUUGUUUCAUGACCCUGGUUAUAGCAGGUGUACUAUCUGUAGUUCUAUGACAUUUGUUUUGCAAGGUGUUCAUGCAUUGUUGAUUUUUUUAAGCAUUAAUGGCUCUUCUUCAUUCAGAUUCUUGCCGAUAGGAUUGCUUUAAAGUUUCUCCUGCAUGAGCUUUUCGUGGCAACUUUUUUUUUCCCGUUUGUAUUCUGUGUGUUCUUUUCUCAAAUGCGCUUUUAUGAGAAUUGUCGUUUACCAUUUAUUAUUCUUAACCACUAUGUCCUGUAGCUUCCCUGCAAACUGAUACAAUAGAGGUAAGGAGCAAGGCCCUCUUCAUCGCUUCAUUGUUUGUGCUUCUGCUCCUGCUAGUUUUUAUCUUCUUCUUCUUUUCCUUCUUCUGAAAGGCUUCAUUAAGGGUCUCCGUGUUUGCUCCAACAAUGAAUUUCCUUUUGACCCCUGACAAAGGAAAGGAAGAGAAGCAUGUGGGUGUCCAAUGCUUGUAUUGCAAAAAAGUAUUCAAAAAUCACCAGGCUCUAGGGGGCCAUCUUAGCGCUCAUCAGGAAGAGAUCAACUCAAAGAGGAGCUGGAAUUAUCCUAGCCAUUUCAGCAACUCAGUAAGCAUUACUAACAAUAGUCCUCAACCUUUCAGCAUGCGUCAUCCUGAAAUUUUUUCUGGAGGCCCUCUCUUCAGUGAGGUAACCCCUCCUUUGGAUUUCUCCAAGAGACUCUACUCAAAUGAAAAUAGCUGGGUGAAUAUAAGCAGGUUCUAUGAGAACAAUACGAGCGCUAUGCCUCCAAAAUGUUCAUCUAGUAGUGGUCAUGCUGAAAUCCAAAAUUCUAAACCUUUAUCCUUCAUAGCACCUGCUCCCUCUGUUAGCAUGGUACCAAUUAGUGUUCCUUUGGAUCCUCCAUUCUGUUUGGUCUCAAAUGGAGUUUGUCAGUUUAAUACUGAUCAAUUUCGAUCUUUUAGGGAUGGUAUGCCAUCCUUUUCUGCAAAUGCCAUGCCAUGCUUUCAGGAUCACAACUGUGUUAUGAUUCCGUAUCCUGUGAAUGCUGUAACUGAUCUUCAUCCAGAUCUCAGCUCAAAACAGUCACUUUGCUUCAAGGAACCUAUUACUAUUGGUUCCUUGCCUCCAGAUCCCAGUGAAUCUUCAGGCCAAGGUGAAAUUGGUCGGUAUAAGACACAAACUGUCUCAACCUCUAAAGGUCGCAAGAAGCACUGCAUAGGUGGAGCAGGAGGAAGUGCUGAUGAGAUAAUGAAUCCAUCAAAAAAGCCUAAGAAAAACUCCGAGUUGUUGAUGGAAACAGAUAAGCCUCCACAUCCCAGUCAAUCUUCAGACCAAGGUGAAAUUGGUCAGUACGAGACACAAAUUCUCUUAACCUCUAAAGGAGGUAAGAGGCACUGCUUAGGUGAAGCUGGAGGAAGUGCCGAGAUGAUGAAUUGUCAAUGGAAAAGGCCUAAGAUCAACUCCGAGUUGUCAAUGGAAACCGAUAAGCCUCCCAAGAGAGAGCUUCUUCUUUUUAAAGAUGUGGAGAACUGCUUUUCCAGGGCAGGAAUAUCUUCUAAUGCGGGAGAAGAGGAAGGCCAAAUGGAUCUCGAUCUCUCUCUACAUCUGUAGCUUCAUACUGGUCUUAUUUAUACAGAACUCCAAGUGACAAUGGAAACAGAUAAGCCUCGGAAGAGAGAGCUUAAAUUUCUUUUAAGAUGAGGAGAACUCCUUUCUGGGUCAUGUAUGUCGUUUUAUGCGAAAGAGGAAGGCCAAAUAAAUCUAGAUCUAUCUCUAUAUUUGUAGCUUUAUACCUGCUUUGUUUAUACAAUGUGUUUUCUAGCAGUGAAUAUAUUACAUAUAUAUAUAUAUAUAUGGGUUUGAUAGAAGGAA